GUCUUUUCUCGCCCUAAUCUGAGAGGCAGAGGCAAAGCAAGCAAGCAAUGCCGAGCUUCGUUGUGAAUCCGCUGUCUCUGUGCAUCCCCCAGUCGAGCUUCGAAGCUUGGCUCAAGGAUAAGGGGUUUCUGGAGAUUCUGGAAAAGUGUACGCUGGACAACGCCAUCAUCGCCGGGCAGGGAUCGUUCGUUGCGCUGUGUAAGCUGCUCAAGCUCAACCCCUUUGAGAGCCUCACGGUGGAGGACCUGGGUAAGAAGCCGGUGCCGUGGACGGCAGAAUUUCUGGAUUGCGGCAAGGGACCGGCCGAGACCUACUCGUGGCCGAUGAGUGUCACCCAAGUCAAGUUCAGGAUGGACGAGAAUUUGAAGCGCUACACGGGCAACUAUCUCGUCCUCAUCGCGAUCACCUUCGCCUGCGUCUUGUAUAAAAUGCCUCUGGCUUUGCUGGGCGUGGUGUCCUUGUUUGGCCUGUGGGAUGGGCUGAGGAUCCUCAUCAACACGUUCAAGAUACAGAGGCACGGCGUGUUGUUCCGCUUGCUGGUGGCGCUCGGGAAUGUUGGCACAAUGCUCCUUCUCAUGUACUGCAGGGUGGCACUGGCCUUGAUCUGCGCAGCAGCUCUAAGCUUUACAGUGUUGGUCUUGCACAGCUCCAUGAGGAAGAUCACACCACCAAAUACGUGAGAGAAAGAUUUCGAAGUUUUAUUUUAGUAGUACCUAGGGUUGUGGGGCUGGACGCAAGGCGG